AUGGAUGGGAUAUUCAUGAAUCGUGUCAUUAGUCCUCCGCUCGCCAAGCGGCGCAAGACUACAUCAACUGCAGCGACAAAAAAUAACAAUAAGGAGGAUAGCAAAGAUGAAAUAUAUCCUGCUUCACUCCGGGCCUUCCUGCACCGCCACCACUGGUUGUCCAUUCUCUUCCUCCAAGAAGUCAAAAUCGCAUCCAAAGAUACAAAAACACAAGAUGCUGUAAGAACAGCCAUCAACUCGCCUUUGCUCUCAGAGACCAGUUCAAACACUGCUAAAGGUCCACUGUACGACGCGUACUUCACCCUUCCCACCGAUCCCCACAAUGCGCGUGAUCCACGGGGAAGCAGAAAGGUAUAUGGUGUUGGCAGCAUUUUGCGCCGUGACUUGACCAACACCUACACAGGAACAGUGCGAACAGUUGACUGGGAUCGCGAAGGCCGAGUCUCAAUAGUAGAACUCACAUGUCGAGCCACAUUGUCGAAACUCGCAAUCUUCAACAUCUAUGCUGUCAAUUCAACAGACUGCUUGUAUCGCGAUAAACGUAGUGGAGUUGUGCAGGGAACGAGACACGAUCGCAAGCGAGAAUUCCAUCGUUUAUUGAUGAACGAAUGUAAGGGGUUAGAGGAGAAGGACUGGGAUGUGUUGCUUGCGGGUGAUAUGAAUGUUGCUCCUGAUGAGCGUGAUGGGUACCCUAAAUUAUGGGUCUUUCCUAGGGACCACGUCGUUAAUCGUGCAAAUUUUCACGACAUGCUGCUUGAGAAAAGUGAUGAAGAGAAGAAAACUGUUGGGCUGAACGGUAUCGAUAUCUGGAGGAAGAUGCAUGAGCAAGAGAGGAGGUAUACCUACUAUCCACGCAACAGAGAAUGAGGCACUAGCUGUGAUAGGAUGGAUUACUUCAUCGCUGGACG